UCACGUGCCUGUCAAACUCGAGUCUUCAGCGCAGUCGUCAACACAACUGUUAGCUAACAGCUAACUAAGCUAACUAAACUAACCGUUAAGGCAAAUACGGUGUCUGUUAUUCAUUUUUAAACAAGUAAAUGCUACAUUUGUGUUCCUUGAAACGGUAAAAAAGCUUAUUUUUUCAUAGUUCAGUCACCAUGGAGUAAGAGAGGACAAUGUUUAGGAGCUGUAGCCGUUGCUUGCUAACUUCUAAGCUAGCAGGCUAACGAUCAGCUGUUGUUUUGGUCGGAGCUGCGGCUAGCUAACAGGCUGAAGAGUGUAGCACUGGUGAAGUGUGUGAUAACAGACCGUAUUUAAUCAUUAAAAGUGAAACUACAGAACCACUCAGCUGGUUAAUGGAGACACUCAAAGGCGUGCCACCCUGACAGACUCAUCAGCGGUCAGUCAGUGAGCUGUUGCCCGGGCAGGCAGGCGUCUUCACCGGGUAGGAUUGAUCCAUCAGAGCGGAUUGAACCAGAAACAUUGCUUCAAGAUGCACGACGCCUAUGAACCAGUGCCCAUUUUGGAGAAGCUUCCUCUUCAGAUUGACUGCCUUGCGGCCUGGGAGGACUGGCUGCUUGUUGGAACAAAGCCGGGACAUCUCCUUCUCUACAGAAUAAAGAAGGAUGCAGGCACCAACCGGUUUGAGGUGACGCUGGAAAAAUCCAACAAGAACUUCUCAAAGAAGAUUCAGCAGCUCUACGUUGUCUCACAGUAUAAAAUUCUUGUCAGUCUACUCGAGAACAACAUCCACGUCCAUGACCUCCUGACCUUCCAACAGAUUACUGUCCUGUCCAAAGCUAAAGGAGCCACGCUCUUCGCCUGUGACCUGCAGCAAACCAGCUCAGGAGAGGAAAGGUUGAGAAUGUGUGUCGCAGUGAAAAAGAAACUCCAACUGUACUACUGGAAGGACAGAGAGUUCCACGAGCUGCAGGGGGACUUUGGUGCUCCAGAUAUUCCAAAGUCCAUGGCCUGGUGUGAAAACUCCAUAUGUGUUGGUUUCAAACGAGACUAUUACCUCAUUCGGAUGGAUGGUCGAGGGUCCAUCAAGGAGCUCUUCCCCACUGGGAAACAGUUGGAGCCUCUGGUCGCCCCACUGGCUGAUGGGAAGGUGGCUGUUGGUCAGGACGACUUAACUGUAGUGCUAAACGAAGAGGGUGUUUGUACCCAGAAGUGUGCCCUGAACUGGACAGACAUCCCCAUCGCAAUGGAGCACCAGCCUCCAUACAUCAUAGCUGUUCUCCCUCGGUAUGUGGAAAUCCGGACCGUUGAGCCGAGGCUGCUGGUGCAGAGUGUGGAGCUGCAGAGACCACGCUUCAUCACCUCAGCUGGGCCAAAUAUCGUCUAUGUUGCCAGCAACCAUUUUGUUUGGCGCCUGGUUCCUGUCUCUAUCGCCAGCCAGAUCCGGCAGCUUCUUCAAGACAAACAGUUUGAGCUGGCUCUUCAGCUGGCGAAGAUGAAAGAUGACUCAGAUGGUGAUAAGAAGCAGCAGAUUCAUCACAUCCAGAAUCUCUACGCCUUCAAUCUGUUUUGCCAGAAGAGAUUUGAUGACUCCAUGCAGGUGUUCGCCAAACUCGGCACAGAUCCCACACAUGUCAUCGGCCUCUACCCGGACCUGCUUCCUUCAGACUAUCGCAAACAGCUCCACUAUCCGAACCCUCUGCCUACUCUGUCUGGAGCAGAGCUGGAGAAGGCUCACCUGGCCCUCAUUGAUUACCUUACCCAGAAACGCAGCCACCUUGUGAAACAGUUGAAUGACUCGGAUCCUUCCACGACGUCUCCUCUCAUGGAGGGCACGCCGACCAUCAAAAGUCGCAAAAAACUCCUACAGAUCAUCGAUACUACACUGCUGAAAUGUUACCUACACACCAACGUGGCCCUGGUGUCCCCCCUCCUCCGCCUGGAAAACAACCACUGCCACAUCGAGGAGAGUGAGUACGUCCUGAAGAAAGCCCACAAGUACAGUGAGCUCAUUAUUCUCUAUGAGAAGAAAGGGCUGCACCAGAAAGCCCUGCAGGUCCUGCUGGAUCAGUCCACCAAGGCCAACUCUCCUCUGAAGGGCCACGAGCGGACGGUGCAGUACCUCCAAAGACUUGGAGUGGAGAAUUUGGGAAUAAUCUUUGAGUUUUCACCCUGGGUGUUGAAGAUUUGUCCUGAAGAUGGACUCAAGAUCUUCACAGAGGACUUGACAGAGGUGGAGACCUUGCCAAGAGACAAGGUGCUGAACUUCCUGAAGGAGGGCUUCAAGGAGCUCGCCAUCCCGUAUUUGGAGCACAUCAUUUAUAUUUGGGAUGAAAAAGGACCCGAGUUUCACAACGUGCUGAUCCAGCUCUACCUGGAGAGGGUUCAGGGCCUCAUGAAACAGUACCUCAACUCACUGCCAGAAGGAGUCCCAGCUGUUGCUGCAGGCAAAGAAGAAGGUGAUCUAGGAGAGUUCAGGAACAAGCUGCUGUCAUUUCUGGAUAUUUCCACCAACUAUGAACCUGCCAGACUCAUCAGUGACUUUCCCUUUGAUGGCCUGCUGGAGGAACGUGCCCUGCUCCUGGGUCGGAUGGGUAAACACGAGCAGGCGCUCUUCAUCUAUGUGCACAUCCUGAAGGACACCCGCAUGGCUGAGGAAUACUGCCACCGUCACUACAGCAGCUCCGUUGAAGGGAAUAAAGAUGUGUAUCUGUCUCUGCUGCGGAUGUACCUAUCACCUCCUGAUGUCCACUGCUUGGGGCCGAUCAAGAUGGAGUUGUCAGAGCCGCAGGCCAACCUCCAGGCGGCCCUGCACGUCCUGGAGCUGCACCACAGCAAACUCAACACCACCAAGGCCAUCAAUCUGCUCCCAGCCAACACUCAGAUCAGAGAGAUCCGCGUUUUCUUGGAGAGCGUGCUGGAGGAGAAGGCUCAGAGGAAACGCUGCAACCAGGUCCUGAAGAGUCUGCUGCAGGCCGAGUUCCUCAGGGUUCAGGAGGAGCGAAUCUUCCACCAGCAGGUUAAAUGUGUCAUCACAGAAGAAAAAACCUGCAGAGUCUGCAAGAAGAAGAUAGGAAACAGUGCAUUUGCCAGAUAUCCUAACGGCGUGGUGGUGCAUUACUUCUGCUGCAAAGAUCGCAACGUUUGUCCAACUGAGCAGUAACCGCUCUACUCCACAAUGACUGUUUACUAACAAAUAAACAAAUAACACCCCUCCUUCUCUGUGGAUAUCAACGCUCAGACAUCUUUGAAAAAGCAGAAGAAAGAGCUGGAGUCAGUCACAGACUGUAGAAUCGUACAGAGCUCAGCUUUAUCAGAACUGGAUCUACUUCUGCUUUCAAAGGCACCGGCUAGCCUUUCUCUCUGUGCAUGAAGAGGCAGGAGGAACGUCCGGGGUCGCCUGGACAGGAGGGGAGAAAAACAGAGAAAGACGGAGGCAGUUUGACAUUUGAAAAGCACGCGUCAAUGUAACAGUAGAAGGGAUUCUCUGCCCUGCACGCUGCCUCAAAGGAAAACAGGAGCUUUGGACAGGCGCGUAAAGGAAGAGGAGCGUGGUCAACUUUUUAUUUUUUAUUUUUUGCACUCUUCCACCCCUCCUGUCAACACUGUGUAGGCCUCAAACACUGCUUUAUACGCCAUAGCCGCUCUGCAGGAGUGAUGUUUAAUGCCUUUAGUGACUCUGAAGAUUGUACUCGCGUCAUGAUGCUCUGUUUGCAUGUUCUGGUACUCACUCAGCUACACAACAUGUGUCUUAGCGUGUUUCUGUAUUUAAUUUAAACAUUGGAGAUGCCAUCUGCACCUCAGCUUAACAUUUACUGUCAAAGGAUUUCUAACAUGCAGCAUUUUUGAAGUCACCUUUAUACGUCAUCAUUUUACUGAUUUUUGUGUUUUUUGUUCCUCAAAUAUUUAAAGUUAAUGAAGGAGUAGAGGUUAUUUAAAGCUGAACUGCGACAUUUAAACAGCAGACUAACGAAUCAUCACCGCAAUCUCAGCAUCUCCCAUAAUUUCAGCAUUACUUUCUACACCCCAAGGGAAAUUUAUCCAGGAGUAAAUGCAGCGCUGUGAAAAUUAUCACCAUCAUAAAGCAGCAACAGACCUAAACUAUCCAAAAAAUCAACACAGGCUCCUUCCUUCUUGUCCCAAGUUUAGCAGGUGUUUUAAAGACUUUGAGCCUCAUUCUUAAAAAUCGAAGAUUUUUCUUUAACUUGUCCCAAAGAAAAGUCUUAGGCAGAUUCAUGAAGCUGCUCUUCAACUGCUGAAUGUGUCUGCACCAGCGGGAAGCUCAUAGAUUUGUCAUAAAACUGUAAUUUUUGCAGCAAAGAAGUCCAGAUAGGUAGCACAAAGAAGCACUAUCAAAAUGCCAAAGUUUCUAUGGCUCUACCAACUGUUCAAAUAGCAGAAAAACACAAUUUAAGUUUAUUUUGGGUCCCAGAAUGAAGGAAGGAUGAACAUAUUGAACCAUGGGUUAACUGGAUCGUUGCAUCCCUAGUAAAUAAAAGGUGAUGUGCAAUGGUAGUGUAUCUUGUUAUUGCAGACUAAAAGUAGCAGCAAAUCACCUGUGUGCAUUUUUGGUUUGUUUGUUUGAGAAUAUUUAAUUUCUUCUGUCAGGAAUCACACAUCCUCACUUCAUCAUUAAAAAUCAGCACUUUAUAAUGGAUAGAUUUCAUCUUUGUUUGGUGUCUGAACACAUUCAUGUGGUGGAAAAUCCUAGUUUCUGUCAAAGAACUGGACGGUCUGCUCGAUCCUUGUGCUUUUUUCACAUUAUUGUUUAUUUACUGCUCAAGAGAGGAGAUUAUUUAACAAACAGCUGUCCACAUUUUUAAAAAAAAUCAAUGUAUUGCAUUAGGGAUGCAUAAUAACAUAAUGUGAUGUCAUGGCUUUUGCAGAUGUCAGCUGAAAAAGUUAACUUUCUGCAGCUGAUGUAUUAGCUGUAAAUAUUGCCUGUAUUGGUUGUUUACAGUCAUGUGACCAUGAAGACAUAGGAAUGCCAGACGGGGGGCAGGAAGUAGAAAAGGCUGUUUGAAAUUAAUGGAACUAGAGGAAACCUAAAGCUAUGAAUGAGCCUGUACACUGCAGUUAUCUUCAGGAAAAACCUACAUACAUUUAGUACAAUCCUACACUUCACACUCCCACCCAAUUUACCUGGCGUGAAGCCGAUCAAUACCACAUAUUACUUAGACCUGCCAACCUCUGACUACACAUCUAGCCAGGUGACGGGAGAAAAGAGUCUUCUAGUGAGCUAAGAGACUAGCUGAGCCCCUCUAACAGCUUUUCAUCCACAUUUUGUCUUAAAUGUGCUUUUAAUGGAAAGGCUGAUAGACUGUUAACCAAAUAAACCUUGUGGGACAAGUGACCGAGCGAUGAUGUGCCUUUCAUGAACCAGCCUGGUUUUAUAAUGUUAGCCAUCUUAGCUGGCUCCCAUUUUUUGUUAUUUAAUACUCAUUUAGAAAGCCAAACUGGAACCAAAUAAAAAGCUGUUUAGGGAGGAACAAGAUCAGCUCUAUUUCUGAGUUUGGCUAAAUGCAACAGCUCUCUUAAGAAAGACAAAUUUCCCAUCACAAUGGGAAAGACUGGACAGACUCAGCUCCAAACACAGGCAAGGUCAGGGUUAAAGGUGCUAAACCAUGACAAAAUGUAAUGAACUAAGCCAGAUCGCUUUCUGGAAACAGAUCAUACAGGACACAGAAGAAGCUUAAGAAUGUUUUUUCGCUCUUUGAAUGGUUGGCACAGUCGUAAACAGCACUAAAAUGUGGUAUCUGUCUAUGCAGGAAUCACUUCUUGCCCCCCAUCUGAAGUUGUCUGCUACACCUGAAGUCUUCUUUGUUCACCCUAAAGUUUUAAACAUUGUAUGGACUGAAGUUUUAAGUCUGGACUACAUUUAUAUAAAGGUAUCAGUAAUGUCAAAAAUUAAUUUGAAAAUAACGGCAUGUUGGAUAUCUGCAAAUAUCCAACAUCAUGCAUCCCUAAAACAUACGGUUUGAGUUUUUGCCCACUGUAUUGUUUUGGAAAUGUGCACAAUUUUAACAUCACUUUCCCCGCUGUUAGGGAUUUUUGAUGAUUUACUGCCAGUAAAUCAAACGUGUGCUUUGGCGUUCAUGAUGCUCCAAUGUGUGCAUGUCUUGGCUCUUAAUUACAGCAUCUUCACAGUAUGUAAGCACUAAUUGUGAGGGGAUUUUGGCUUUGUUUUUGUACAACAGGAGGAGAUGGAAUCAUAUCCAUCUUUAUAGUAUCUCCAGGCAGCAGCGCUGGUUUUUCCCUGAACUGUUGCUAAAAUGUUGGUUUUCUCAGAAGUUGUAGCAUUAUCUUGGUCUUUUCCUCCUGCUCCAAAGGUUUGCACUCAUUCUGCUCAGACUGUUUCUGAUGUAACUUUAGCGGGGAUGUUUGUACCGCCGUGUGUAUAUCUGUAUAAAGUGUGAGAGUGUUCAUGAUGUUUCUCAUAGAGCGGUCUGAUUCUGAGGGGCGACCUGUCUGUGUGUCUGUCUAUGUGGCUUGAAUCAGUAAUAAAGAAACAUUUUCACUCUUA